UGACUUUUGACUCAACUUCGUGACUCUUCUGUACCGGUACUCAAAAGCUCAAGGAUUGGUUGGUGACCGACUCUAAGUUCGCGAUCUCUUCUCAAAUUUCAUUCGCGACUCAGGUCGUGGGUAUUUCGAAUUAUCAGACUCCCCGCUGCAACACUCGCGACUUGACUUUACAACUCGAGUCGCAACGCAUGCUUCGACUGGACUUCUCGCUUCUUGCGACUCUCAAGGACAGGAGGUGAAGGCACACUUCUCAAACAAGAUGUCUGCAUAACCUCGACGCCCAUCUCGCUCCUCAUCGUCCACUUGCCUAGCAGGUACCCACUUGCGCAGGCACAAGUCAGCUGUACCCUCCACGUGCCUUCGGCACAUCCGAUACGCGCCUACAUGUCCGCUUCUGCACGGGGACAUGGGCUCUUUGCUCGACUCAGACAUGGCACUCCACCUUGUCCUCGCAUGACAAGCGUAUCAGCACCUGCGCACCUGGUUGAAGCGCAAUGGAGGGAGCGUGCAGCGGCCUUUGCCCACGGGCGCUCUCACCGCGGAGGUCUACACACCUCUUCAAUCACGUUUGAUGGCUCCCGCUGGGAGACGCAUACACGCGAUGCUUCUGCUUCAAGAGGCUACGAUGUGCCGAAGCGGAAUGAGCGGCGCACCGGAGGCGAUGCUCUUUGGAACGAGUCCAGCACAGACCCCUCAUCGUCCCGCCCAUCCAUACCUGUCAGCCCUCAGAUCCGUCUUGCCAACGUGAGAAUAGACAAUGUGCCGCAUGGCGCAACGCCACACGACAUCUAUCGACUCUCUCCCAUUUCCCGUCACAUUACCGCCUUCCGUUUCCGUCUACGCUCCAAAGAUCUCUCGAAAGCAGGUCGAGUCUACCUCUCUUUUGAUCCCAGCACCAUCAGGAGUUGUGAACCUGCCUACCCGCUCGACGAGAAGGGAAAAGAGAUCUGGAAAGAGGCGAUCGGGAUGCGAGGAAGUGUGCUUGGACGUGCAAGAGAUGCGGCGGACAAGUGGAUCAAGGAGGUGGAUGGGAGUAUUCUAGCUGGACAGAUGCUCAAGGUGACACCGUUCUCUCUCCCAAUACCUCUACCUGUUAGCUCCUCUGCUCUGCUCUCCCGUCUGAUCCAAACAGAAUCGGGCAAGCUGGUGCAUUUGCAGGGCUUGCCGGCUAAUCUGACAGCUUUGCAUCUGGAGAGGAUUCUCAAGGGUUAUGGCGGUCCCGGCGAGGGCGCGACGAGCGCUGCUGGCAGGUACGAGAUCAGGCAAGGCAAAAUCGAGAAUGUGUCGGGGGAGGUUGGUCCAGUAUGGAGAGAAUGUGGCGUGAUCAAAUUGAUAUCAAAGGAGCAGUCCGAAUCUCCUCGAGCGUCCUUCCUGAUCCGUCUACAGACUGUGCCCGAGGCAAAUCGAUUAGUGCACGAGUGGGAUGGAAGGGUGUGGGAGCACAAGCUAGGGGAAGUCAUUGACACUGCUCCUCGCUUCGCCGAUCCCUCACUCGCAACGUCCAAGAAAUCCGGGGACAGGCACAGGACAUUGGACUCGAGAGAAGACGAGCAGUCCAAGUCGGCGUUUCAGAGAAAACAGAACCUCGUGGAACGGCGCAGACAGCGACUGGAAAGGAGUUUUGAGGAAUAUAUCGAGGCAGAAGAGGAAGAGGCGGGAGAGGAGUGGUGGGGAGAGGAUCAGGAGGAGGAAGCACUGUUGCAAGGAGAGACAAGAGGCGAGUUGAGCGAGAAGAAGGAUGGGAGGUUGGAAAGGAGACUGAGACAGAACCAUACGAGGCUGCAGAGGAUGCAGCAUCUGCUCAUCCGUAACACCCACAUCGUCAAAGCCAAUAUUUUGUACUAGGAGACAAUGAGCCGAUGUGCAUACGGACGUGUACGAUGCGGCGUAGCGUCAAAGUAGUAAGAUCCAUGACAGACCUCCGGCUCUCGUACUUGGGAGUUGAGUGUAUGUGCUCACCACUGGGACUCUAGCUUGAAAAGACGUUUUCCACCAACCAAAUACUAAAUCCAAAAAUCAAAGACUACGAAGCUUGAUUCUUGUUUCUUGUUUCUGCUUUCACGCUGAAGUCGACGCUGCUUCUUACGUCAUCUCAGAGCAAGCUCACUCAUC